UUCUCUUCUAGCUACCGUACUUUGUCUACGCUUUGCUUCAUCCACGCACGCGACCGACAAUGCACCUCGACCAUCCUGUUAACCAGUCGCUCCAACAAAUCGAUGAGAACUCCUGGCUCUUCGGGGGCGGCGUGUCGGCGGUUUGGAGGGUUGGUGAUGCCAUCUGCAAAGCCAAGAAAUACACAGAGACCUUGGAGCGCUCUUUACUCGACGCCUCCUCUCCAAUAGUGCUCUGGUGCUGUCAGAUCUCUAGGCAUCGACAAGGAUUCGAUUGCUGGCGAAAACGCGCCCAAGUUCAAUCGUUUGACCCCAGUCGAUGGGAUUUAAGAUGUUCCUGACGUCCCUAAGUACGGAUUACAUCGUUUCUCUUUGACCUUGCCAGAGAGUAAGUUGCAGC